AUAAUAAAAAUAAUGAUAAUGACAACGGAGUACCCACCGAUAAUAACGCUCGAGACGGACGAUACGACGGCAUUUCUUCGAGCUGCGAGGUCGGGAAAUUUGGAAAAAGUUAUCGAGUAUCUCGACUUGAAUCUCGAUAUCAAUACAUCAAACUCGAAUGGGUUGAAUGCGUUACAUUUGGCGUCAAAGGAUGGACACGUUGAAAUAGUGACAGAAUUAUUAAAAAGAGGAGCUAAGGUUGACUCGGCUACAAAAAAAGGCAACACUGCUUUACACAUUGCUUCAUUAGCUGGACAAGUUGAGGUUGUAAAUAUUUUAUUACAAUAUGGAGCGGCGGUUAAUACACAAUCUCAAAAUGGAUUCACUCCUCUGUACAUGGCAGCUCAAGAAAAUCACGACCAAGUUGUUAAAUUAUUACUUACGAAUGGUGCAAAUCAAAGCUUAGCAACUGAAGAUGGAUUCACACCGCUUGCUGUCGCAAUGCAGCAGGGUCACGACAAAGUAGUAAGUGUCUUACUAGAAAACGAUUCGAAAGGUAAAGUUAGAUUACCGGCGUUGCAUAUUGCCGCUAAAAAAGACGACUGUAAAGCUGCCGAUUUACUUCUUCAGAAUGAUCAUAAACCUGAUCACAAUAUUAGCCCGUUGCAUGUAGCAGCAAAAUGGGGAAAAAACAAUAUGGUAAAGUUAUUAUUAGAAAACUCAGCGAUGAUCGAAGCAAAAACACGGGACGGUUUGACUCCACUUCACUGUGCUGCUAGAUCUGGUCAUGAAGAAGUUGUUUCAACGCUUCUUGAACAUUCUGCGCCGAUUAGUGCGCGUACCAAGAAUGGACUGGCGCCACUUCACAUGGCAUCGCAAGGUGACCAUGUUGACGCAGCACGUGUAUUGCUUUAUCACCGCGCUCCAGUUGAUGAAGUCACCAUUGACUACCUAACUUCACUUCAUGUAGCAGCUCACUGCGGUCAUGUAAGAGUCGCUAAAUUACUUCUUGACAGAAAAGCUGAUCCAAAUGCAAGAGCGCUGAAUGGCUUCACUCCAUUACACAUUGCGUGUAAGAAAAAUCGUAUCAAGGUUGUGGAACUGUUAUUGAAACACGGCGCUUCAAUUGAAUCAACUACAGAAUCCGGAUUAACACCUCUGCAUGUGGCCAGCUUCAUGGGAUGCAUGAACAUCGUUAUAUUUCUUCUUCAACACGAAGCUAAUCCUGACGUACCAACUGUCAGAGGAGAGACACCGCUUCAUUUAGCAGCUCGAGCCAAUCAAACUGAUAUUAUACGGAUUUUACUUCGGAAUGGGGCUAAAGUUGAUGCUCGCGCAAGAGAGGAGCAAACUCCUUUGCAUAUAGCUUCAAGGUUAGGCAAUGUUGAUAUCGUGAUGCUUCUUCUUCAACAUGGUGCUUCGGUCGAUACUACGACAAAAGACAUGUAUACUGCUCUUCAUAUCGCCGCUAAGGAAGGUCAAGAAGAGGUCGCAGCAAUUCUUGUUGAAAAUCAUGCGUCAGUAAAAGCAUUGACCAAAAAUGGAUUUACACCAUUACAUAUUGCUGCUAAAUAUGGUAAUGUGAAUGUAGCGAAAAUUUUAUUACAAAAAGACAGUAAACUCGACUCACAAGGCAAGAAUGACAUUACACCACUGCACCUCGCUUGUCACUACGAUCAUUCCAACGUAGCAAACAUGAUCCUAGAAAAAGGAGCAUCACCAAACCUGGCGUCUCAAAACGGACAUACACCGUUGCAUAUCGCAGCUCGUAAGAACCAAAUGGACAUUGCAUCAACAUUACUGGAGCACGGAGCAGACCCCAAUGCACAAUCCAAAGCCGGAUUUACACCCCUUCAACUCAGUGCCCAAAAAGGGCAUUAUGACAUGACCAAUUUGUUGAUUGAACAUGGAGCUGACCCGAACCACAAAUCUAAGAAUGGUCUGACCGCAUUACACCUCUGCGCUCAAGAAGAUUCCAUUCGUGUCGCAUCUAUUUUAGUGAAAAAUGGUGCUAACGUCGAGAGCCAAACGGAGUCUGGUUACCGGCCGAUUCACGUCGCCUCACACUUUGGAAACUUGUCGAUGAUUAGAUUUCUUCUCAAGCACAAUGCACAAAUUGAUGUACGGACUAGUCAUAAUUAUACUCCGUUACAUCAAGCCGCUCAGCAAGGACAUGCACACAUUGAUGGAUUAACUGCAUUGAACAUUGCACAAAAAUUGGGAUACAUUUCAGUGAUGGAAGUUCUCAAAGGGUUAGAUUACGACACGCAGACUCCCGACAAUAAAACAUGGGAAGAAAAGUACAAAGUUAUCGCUCCAGAGAGUCUGCAAGAAACUUGUUUCAUGUCAGACUCCGAUGACGAAGGAGAUGGCUUAACUAACGAGCAGCCGUACAGAUACUUAACAGCAGACAUAAUGAAGAGUUUACGCGACGAUUCGUUGCCAAUUGAUGUGACGCGUGAUGACCCAAUUCAUCGGCAAUUAUCUCACGAAGAAAAACAAGAAUUUACUCAGAGUAGUAAUUAUUGCCCGCCGGAAAAUUUCGAUUCGACUGAUGCAAUUAACGUCGGAAGACUGCAUUUUAGAUCUUUUUUAGUAAGUUUUCUGGUAGACGCACGUGGAGGAACUAUGAAAGGUUGUCGUCACAGUGGAAUACGAAUUAUAGUACCUCCAGGAAGAGCUACUAUGCCAAUUCGCGUAACUUGUAGGCUUUUGAAACCUAGUAAAGUUGCGAAUCCUCCAGCGUUGAUGGAAGGUGAAGCUCUGGCGACGCGUAUCAUUGAAAUGGGUCCUGUUGGUGCUACAUUUUUAGGACCAGUUUUGAUAGACGUUCCGCACUUCGCAUCAAUAGAAGGCAAAGAACGUGAAAUAAUAAUAAUGCGAAGUGAAAACGGCGAAACAUGGAAGGAACAUGACAACUCACGGGACAAUGACGAUACACUUUUUAACACAGCUCACGACACACAAAUGAGCAAUUCGCACCCUGGACGAAUAACUCGAAUAAUAACAACUGAGUUUCCUCAAUACUUUGCAAUUAUAACCAGAAUAAAGCAAGAAGUACAUGUAAUCGGUGCUGACGGUGGUAUAUUAAUCUCAAGUGUCGCCAAUCAUGUUCAAGCCGUUUUUCCACCUGGUGCUCUCACUAAAAAAAUUAAAGUCGGAUUACAGGCUCACGUGAUACCAGCUGAAUUGACUGCCAAGUUACUUGGAAACUGUGUAGCAGUGUCACCAGUAAUUACCAUCGAGCCAAGAAGACGAAAAUUCCAUAAACCAAUAACACUGACUAUACCAGUGCCUCAAGCCGCUAAUAAAGGGAUGAUUAAUGAAUACGGGGGUGAAACUCCGACUUUACGUUUACUUUGUAGUAUUGCUGGUGGAACUAGCGAAGCUCAAUGGGAAGAUGUAACAGGAUCAACUCCUCUGACAUUUUUAAACAAUCGUGUGUCUUUUACCACAACUGUUUCUGCAAGAUUCUGGCUCAUGGAUUGUAGGAACAUCAGCGAAGUUCCUAAAAUGGCAACGGAUCUUUAUAAAGAGUCACUUUUUGUACCAUUUAUUACCAAUUUCGUUAUUUAUUCAAAACGAUUUGAUGUCGUGGAAGCUACACUGCGUAUAUUAUGCAUGACUGAUGGCAAAGAUGGCUUACACACUCUUGAAAAACAAGAAGAAUUUUUGGAAAUUGUUAAAAGUCGCGAUGUUGAAGCCUUGGAUGGUAAAGAUUUGUACUUAGAAUUUAGCGGUAAUCUUGUACCUGUAACAAAAUCCGGCCAACAGCUCAAAUUUACAUUCAAAGCAUUCCGUCAAAACAGGCUGUCAUUUCACGUUAAAGUUAAGGAUCAACUUUUGGAUCCUGUUGCGCGCAUGAUGUUUAUGCGAGAGCCAAAAGUUGCCAAAGGUGAAAUCGCACAACAACCUAUUUGCAUUUUAAAUAUUGUUUUACCUGAACCAACAGUACCAAAAACGCCAUCGAAUUCAAAAUUAAAAGAGUUAGAAUACGAUUUCAUUAGUAAAAUGGAUAUUUAUAAAACAACAUACAUGAGAGACUAUGGAGAAAAACGUGAUUUACCAAAGCCAACAUCACCCACACAACAAAAAUUAAUUAAUGCCGAAAUAAAUGAAUCCUUAGCACAAAAAGUGGCUUGUCCUUUAGAAUCCGUAGACGGUAGUUAUCCUAACAAUAUUAAUGAUAGUAAUAUUAACAAUAAAGAAGAAUUACUAUCCCCGAAUUUAGAGAAGCAAACCUACUCAGAAAAACGUAAAUUUUGGGAAGAUAUUACGAGAAAGCGCGACAGUUAUCAGCGAUCUGAAUCUGAAAUUUCGAGAGCUUCUCAAAUGACGAUUAAUGAGAGCGAUAGUGAUUAUCUUCAGAACCCUAUUUCGGAAGAAGAAAUGGACAAUAUGUUUGACAGUGCAAUGCACUCGGAAACUAUGGAAGAUUUGAAUAUUCCGGAUAUGUCUGAGUGCUCAGUUGCGGAAAAAGCUCAUUACUUUGAAGAACAAAUUCAGAAGGAAAUUACUGCCACUGGUGUUUCGCGGCCGCUUUCGAAAUUAAUGUCUCAGGAAUCUUUGCCAAGGGAUAAAAGAUUUUCUACGGACAGUUCUGUUUGUGAACAGUUUAAAGAUAAAGAUUUGAGUCCUGAUGUAAAGAAAGUUGAGCAAGAUGCUGGAAAAAAUUUGGUUGGUAAGGUAGAUCAAGAGAAGAGUGAAGAUAAGUUACCGACUGAGGGUACCGGUAAAGAAGAAAUGAUAAAGGAAGAAGGUGAUUUGAAGUUAGGAAGAUUAGAAACUGAAGAAAGUUAUGAAAGAGGUUUGAAAGAAGAAAAAGAAGUUAAGAGUGAUGAUAAGUUACCGACUGAUAAAGAAGAAAUAAAAAAACAAGAUAAUUUGAGAUUAGAAGGAAUUAAAACUGUGGAAAUUCAUGAGAAAGUAUUAAUAAAAGAAAAAGAAGUUAAGGUUACUCAUAAAGAUGAUCAAGAGAGAAUUAAGAGUAAAGAUAAGUUACUGGCUGAGGUUACUGGUAAGAAAGAAGAAGACGAGGAACAAGAUUUAAGGUUAGAAACAUUAAAAGAUGUAGAAAGUCAUGACAAAUUAUCAAUAGAAAAACAGCAGGUUAAAAUUACUGAUAGUUUGGUUGGUAAACAUGAUCAAGAAGAAAUUAAGAGUGAAGAUAAGUUGCCGAUUGAUAAAAAAGAAAUAAAGCAGCAAGAUAAUUUGAAGUUAGAAACAGUUAAAACUGUAGAAAGUCAUGAAAAAGUAUUAAUAGAAGAAAAAGAAGUUAAGAUUGCUCAUAAAGAUGAUCAAGAAAAAAUUAAAAAUGAAGAUAAGUUACCGACUGAGGCUAUUGAUAAGAAAGAAGAAGAAAAGGAACACGAUUUGGAGUCAGAAACAUUCAAAAAUGUUGAAAGUACUGAUAAAGUUUUGAGAGAAGAAAAAGAGGUUACAAUUGGUUAUGAAGAUGAUCAAGAACAAGUUAAAAGUGAAGAUAAGUUACCGACUGAAGUUAGCAGUAACAAGGAAGAAACAAAAGAAGGUUUUAAAGUUGUAGAAAGUAUUGACGUAUUAGAAGAAAAAGAGGUUAAGAUUGCGGACAAAUUAAUUGGUAAUAAAGAAGAAAUGAAGAAUGAAGAUAAGUUAGUUGCUGAUAAAGAAGAAUUGAAGGAACAAGAUUUUGAGUUAAAAACAACGAAAACUGAAGAAAGUAUUGAAAGAUUGUUAACAGAAAAAGAGGUUAAGAAGAUUACAGAAACAAGUAAAGAGGAUGAAAGUGUAAAAACAGAAGAAAGUGAUUUAGAGAGCAAAAAAGAAACCAAGGUGACGAUAGACGAUCUAGUAGAACAACAUGUAAAGCCUGAAGUCUUACAAGUGUCUGACGCUAAACCGUCUUUAAUUCCAAGGAAAAUAAAAUCCGAGGUAACUACUACAACAUCGAUUGAACCCGAUAAGGUCAAGACCGUGGAAAAAAAGGUGGUAUCGAUUGAAGAAACCCGAGUUAUUGCUGAUGAUUCUAUUAACACUAAGCAGAUUUGUCGGGAGUUUAUUGAUUCUGAGGUUAAGUUAACUCAUCAAGGUUCUGAUGCAGCUAAAGUGAGUCCCGAGGAGAAAGUUUCUAAGAUUCCGACUAAAAUAAGAGUUGAUAGUUUUGUAGAGGCCGAUAAGGAAAAAGAAAAUGGGAAGAAAGAGUCUAAAAUUCCAGUGUUUGGUUCCAAGGACGCAAACAAAGGAGUUAAACCUAAAGAAGAAGACCUGAAGGAUACUGAGGACAAGAAGAAGAAGUCUGGAAUUCCAAAGCGUAUAGAGAUAACCAAAUUUGAAAAAUUCCCGCUUAAAGAUGAUGGAGUUACAGUGAUGGAGACAAAGGUAACAGAAAAAGUGUCCCAGCGGAUAGAAACUCACACUUCAGAGCGGGAAAUUCAUUCCCAAACCAUCACAAAGACGUUUACGGACCCUGAGGAAGCUCUAAGAGCCUUCGAAGGUGCUGAAGCGCUCCACGAACCGGAUUCUCUGGUGACUACCUCAAAAGUAGACCACGAAAAGAUGGUUACAGUUGAGAAGAAAGAGAUUAAGUCUUCGGAGCUGGUCUUUGGGGAUGAAAAGACGGUAAAACAUGAGGAGAAGGAACGGGAAUUGAAGGAGAAGUCUUCUGAGUCGACAGUUACCACUGAAACGCAAGAAGAAACCGUGGAGGAUAAGACGCUGAAGCACGAAACUGCUGACAAGAGCACAAUUCAGGAUAUCGAAGUGAAUCUUGCGGGUGGAAAGCAAAUUGUUGAUGCUAGAGCUUCGCAGGAAUUGAAGUCGCUGAAGGAUCAGAUAAAUAUUCACAAAGUUGAAGAUGAUGAUGGUGUUGUGAUCCAAGAGGCUGGAAUCAAGACUCUAAAGGAGCAUGCAAUUGAUACUGCAGUUAGAAUUGAGAAGGAUAGGUCCAAUGAUAUGGAGGAUAUGUCCAGCUUAGGAAGAAGCUUGGAGGAUGAGCUAAAAGCUGCUGUAAUUCAUGAGCAGACUCAUGAGGAGUCUUCUAGACAUUCUGACACAAAAGUGUUUCCUUCUAGAGAAACUACUGAAGAUAUCUCCCGGGAUGAAGCUUUUGGGGAAGAAUUCAAUGACAAUUCUGAAGAAACUGAUGAAGCCUCGGAGAUAGAAGCUAGGGAUAUCGCGGAAAAUUUGGUCCAGUCGAUAGAAGAUGAAUUGGUGAAGAGAUCUGAAAGCUCUAGUGGUUUGAAGAUGGGUUACGAGUUUGAUAAUGUGAAUGAGACUGAUGAAGACUUUGAUGAACACCUGGCUGAUGAUUUGACGAAGAAGUUUGAGAACAUCAUGGGAAAGAGGAAGGAGAGCCAGGUUCAGGUGAUUGAAAGCUUAGAUCAGAUCAGGGCGACUUUCAUAGGGCACAAUGAAAGGUUGGAUAAAGAUUCUACCCGCGGAAGCUUGAGUAUUGAGGAAGACUUGACCAAGGAUGAAGAUUCGACGCCUCAUGAUAGGGAAGAAAGCUUCUUGUCUUCGUCCUCGCAGAAGAUCAUGGAGCGGGAUAUUACGAUGAGUCCUAGUAGUAUUUCCGAGCAGAUUGAUCUGGAGUCUUUGAGUUCGGGACAACAAGCUGGGCAGAGUCCUAUGCCAGUUGUGGAGUAUCCGGAGGAGCUUAAGGUUGUGGAAGAGUACUUUGAGCAGCCCGAUGAGUAUGUUUCUCCGAUGAAGUUUGGGUAUGAAAACACUGGUGCUAGAGUUCUGGAGAUCAUAGAGCCUGGUGGUGAUCUAAGGAGGGGCUCUAGGCAGGAUUCGGUUGAUGUUUCUUCUUUGGAGAUUGAUGAAUUAAGAUUUGAGGAUGAUGAGGAAGAACACUCGUUGGAUGAGAAGUAUAUGAAGAAUCUGGAGUUUGCUAAGUUGCACGAGAGCCCUGGGAUGGAAGCUUUGGAUAAAAUCGGCCAGGAAAGAGAUCUGACGUUUAGUCCCAGUUCUAUGUCGGAUUCUUCACUUGUUCCUGAACGCAGUUUGAGUCCUAAGGCUAAGAGUGGGAUUGAAAGCGAAGACGGCGGGUUUUCUUCUAUGGAGCCUGAACGGACUGAAGUGGAAAAGGUGUCUAGGUUGGAUACCAAAAGCAUUGAUCGGGAUUUGAAACCUGCGGUGGUUUCUCCGAGGACUAAGUUGAAGGAAUUGGAUAUCAAACCGGUGGAUUGGUCGAUUGGCGAUGAGAAGAUUGAGAUCCAGGAGACUUUGGAGCCUUCUCAGGCUUUUGAUAAGGAACUGGAGGAGUAUCAGUCUAGUAUGGUGAAACAGCAGAGCUUGACUUCGCUUAAUGAUGUUUCUGCUGAGCAAGAAUCGACUACUAGGUCUUCGGAGGAUGUUAGCACUAUUGAAUCUGUGAAAGAAGCUAGUAAGAUUGUUGUGGAGUCGGUUAGUGAGAUGGAUGAUGAGGAAUUGGUUGAGGAUAAGUUGGAUAUCAGUUGCCAAGAAUUGGUGGCUAGUCUUCAUAGGCAGUAUGAAGAACGGACGCCUACUGAUGAAAUUGGAGUUUCUGAGAGCGAAAAGGAUGUUGUUGAUGAAAAGAAGGUUGAAAUUGAAGAUAAAGUAGAGGUUGCGGAAAAAGCUAAGACGAAAGUGGAAAAAAGCGAGCAGGAUGAAAAGGAUAUUGAUACUUUGGAAGAAUCUGAGAAGGAAGGGAAGGAAAGUCAAGCUAAGGCUUUGAAGGAAUCGUUUUAUAGCAAAACUAAAUCUUUGGACGAGCCUCAGAAGCAUUUGGAAAGAACUUUGAAUAGGGAGAAGUUUGCUGGGAUGUCUAUGGACUCCAGUCCGUUUAGAUUGAAAAAGGAAGCCAAUGUGGACUUGAGUGCAAGGUAUGCAAUCACUGUUCUAGACCAGGUUGUCAAGCGAGAAAUAGAAGAAGUUAAAGAGUCUUUGGAAGCCGCUAAGCAGGAUCUCAUUGAAGAAUUGAGCGAAAACAGCGAGACUAUUGUACAAAUCAAAGAAUCUCCUUCGGAAUUCCAGUUUAAGCUUGAACCCGAAUCUAUUCCUAAUGAUCUUCCAUUUUUAUACAAAGCCCCUUCUUUUGAGCAACCUGCUGAGGAUCUGAGUGGUUCUCCGGUCGCUAAACCAAGGAAGCAGGAGGACACUCUAGAUGACGAAAGCGUUUCUGAGAAACCGCUUAGCGACAAUGACACUUUGAGCGAAUUGCCAAGUGACAAGACCAUGGAGGUGAAGAUUCUUGAAGACGACUUCGAGAAGCUGCCUGUUGCAGCAAGCAGAUCUGGCUCUGACGCUGAAUACUUCGACGGUUCCAGUUCUUUGUCAGUUCCUCCGCAACCAAUUCCUCGGAAGCGACAGAAACCAGCGCGAAUCUCCAAGAAAAUUCAGUCUGAAAGCGAAGGAGGCUCCAGUUCAGGAGAGAGCAGCAAUUAUCAGUCGUGCGAUUAUGAAACAAGCAGCAGACCCAGUUCUUCUGACAUAGAAGUACUCCACACAGCCUCGGGAUUCUUAUCAGCGACUGCGUCGGAGUAUGAGACAGCUAUGAUGUCCCUUGAAUCUUCCAAGCAGACUUCUCAAGACUACCAAAGCGCGGUUUCGACUCUAAGCUCCAGAGAGUCUAUGAAAUCCCUCAAUUCGCUCAGUUCAGGGCAUCUGGGGAGCAUUGACAGCACCAGCGAGCUUACGGAGACUCUUGUAGCUUCCGAACCAGAAAUGGACAAGGAUGAAAUCGACGAGAACCUGGAAUUAGCUUUGGAUGAUGACAAAUCUUCUGGGUCGUCGGAAAGCGACAUGCCUCUUGAUGAUACCUUGGACAAUAUCACCGGAGACAUACCCAGUAAAAUGAAGCGCUCUUCUGAGAUGAUUUUCCAGCAGAUUUCUGAGGAUGCGGACACAAUUCCUGAAGGAGAAGGCUCCACUGCUGAAGAAGGCCAGUCUACAAAGGUUACUUCUUCAAUUAUGAUCAGCGAAGAUGAUGAUCUGAAGACUUCUACAAUUGACGCGAUUUCUGAGCAGAUAAGUGGCAAGGCUGAAGAAGACACUUCUUCUCCGGAGGUUAAGUUGAAGUCAAUAGAAGCCCAGUCUACUGGAGACGACAUUGAUUCCUCAGAGCUCAAAAUGAGCUCGCUCAGCACAAUUGACGAAGUGGAGAACCUUUUGCUGACCAAGAGAUCAGUUCUGCAGCAAGCAAGCAUGUCUACUUCUUCAACUUCUGGGGUGUCUAUUGAAACAGUAGUGGAACGUGAUCGUCAUUCUCCAGAUAGUGAUUCUUUUGAAUUAGUAGACAAGCCUGAUAUCAUUGAUGAUUUUGUUGUGGUAGAAGAAGUCGGCCGUGAAGCAGAAGAAUUUGAUUCUGAAGGAAAGAGUAUCUUGAUUAAACCAAUUCCUGCUGGAAGUCUCAAGAAGUUUGACAGAGAUCUGGAGAAUUUGAUUACGGAGACGAAGCAAGAGGCUCCGGUUAGUCAGGCUUUGUUGAAGAAUGAAUUGUUUGACUUUGAGUCAGAAGAAAGUCCUCCCCAAGCUUCGAAUGAAGAUCAGUCUUCUCAGCAAUCAUUUUCUGAUGAUGAGCAGGAAGCGAAAAAGUGGAUGGAGAUGCAGUUUACUGGUGAUCCUAGGGGUUAUGAGCUGGAGUAUGAUCGAGGACCUCUGGAGGAUAUCAAGGAGGAGGAGGUCACGGAUUUUGAGGCUGGAAGCAGCAGAUUUGGGAGUUUGGGGAGUCAUAAAGGGUCAAUUGGCAGCAGCGGGAGUAUGAAAGGGAGUUUGGGGACUGAGUAUGAUAUCCUAGCGGGGAAGAAGAUGUUCUCCAAGUCGAUUGAGCAUGACAAUAUUUCAAUGAACUCACUUCAGGAAUUUGAGUCGCUGGAGAACACUGUGAUUGGGGAAAAUGGCAAGAGGAUCUAUUGUGGCUCUCAGGACUCUGUUAACAAUGGAAGUCUACCCAGAAGAUACGUCGCUAGCCGUUCGGGACAUGGGGAUGAUGUUUCCGUGUCUUCGUUGACGGAUUUUGAAGGGUUGGAGAAAGCUUGUAAAGAAGCUCAUAUUAUUGAGCUGAAGGCCAAAGAAGAGGAGGAUCUUCUGGAUCAUGAAAGCCCAGAGAAUAGAUACAGGUUGGAGAAUUUGCCCAAACCCAAACCAGCGGAUUUAAGUGCGGCUGGAUCUUUUAAUCCUAGCACUUCUGGCUCGGAUGAUUAUGAGAAAAGGAUUAUGGAAAUUGAUGAGAUUAUUAGAAUUGCUCAGGCUAAUGUUGAGAAGUUUGAUAGGCAAGAUGAUACCACUGAAGAUAUCUCGCAAAUUGAUAUGACUGAUGUGGAGAAAAUUGAACCUAUUGCGGUUCAAGGUCAAGUUUCGGAGGUUAAUGUUAAUGUUAUGGAAACUAGCACGGAUUCGUUGGAAAUUGAAGAUGAUAAACACAAUAAUUUGAUGUGCAGAAGCUCUGAUUCGUUGGAAUUGAAAACUACGAUUGAUUAUCCUUCGCUUAGUUACUCGGAUUCGCUGAAUAAUGUUAGGGAUUCUCAGGAUCCUUAUGCGGGAGAUCAGUUCAAUAGUUCGAGAAGGAUUUCGUCAGAUUCUUUGGAGGUUCAGGUUUUGGAACACCCUGAAGAGAGGAAUACAGAGGGCAAAAAAAAAAUAAAUUUCUUAAUCACGAUCAGUGUUAAGUUAAGAAUAAAAAGCAUGAAACUUCCAAUUCAUUUAGCAGUAGAAAAUGAUCAAUUUAACGCAGUCGCCGCACUAUUUAACAAAAACAAAGAUUCGAUUCACCAUCAGGAUGAUUGUAACAGAACGCCUCUAAUACCAUUUCUUCAUCGAGCUGUUCAAUUCGAACAAUUGGAGAUUGUUAAACUGUUAAUUGCUAAAAAAGUAAAUGUCAAUGCUGUUUCGGGUGCUAAAGAAACAGCACUUAUGGUCGCUGCAUAUUAUAACUUUACGGUAAUAGCAGAUUUUUUAUUGAAAAAUAAAGCCAAUCCAGACUUAGAAAAUGAAAAUAAUCUCACGGCUCUAGACAUUGCAAUUAUGGCGAAUAAUUAUGAAACAUUCUGCUUAUUAGUUAAAUCAUUUAAAGUGCAAGUUACUAAUCAAACAAGUAAUGAAUUUAGACCCUUACAUGUUGCAGCUAUUCAUGGUAGAGAUUAA